AUGGGUAAUUGUUUCUCUCGUUGCCUCGGCCGUGCCGAUGACUUCGAGGAGCCCGAGGUCGACGCAAACGCCACCUCCCUUGGCAAGCUUCCUGGACAUAUGCCCCCUCAACCGCUGAACGACCUCUUCCAAUCGCCGCUUCGACCGGCCCAUAACCCUAUCCCGUCCGCUUACCCGGCGCGCUACAGCACUACUGCGGCUCCCACCACCACCCAGCUACCCACUGCUGUGCGACCCAAGGCCAGCCGUGGCCUUCUGAACGCCACCCCCUCGGGCACUCGUUGGCUCGAGCAUUUCCCCAGUAUGGAAACUCUGUCGGCAAUUCGUUCUACCGACACCCCUGACUUCGGUAGUGGUAACGAUGUCCAGAUCGACAUCGACCAACUCAUGGCCAUCGCAUGCCCGCUUCCUGACUAUUCUACGGGCAACACCGACGCCAUCGCUAGUCGGGCCCUUGCUAUCAGCCACCGAGAGCCUUGGGGCUAUGCCUCAACUGAGUCCGGCGGUCCUGUUGGUUUCGACAUCACCUCUGACCAAGGCACCCCUCUGACUCCUGACGAGAACACUCCGUCUACUUCGACUACUUCGUUUGUUCACGUCAUGCCUGGACCUAGCGUCUAG